CUGUUCAGCAGCCACCUCGCGGACGGCCCGUUGUCGGAGCACUACGAGCCGGUCGAGAGCCCGUCGCCGAACGUGCUGCACGACAACGUGCCGAUCAACCCCGUCAUCCACUGGUACGACGGCGCGCGCGAGACGCUCGCCACCGGCGACGACGACUUCCCGUACGCCUGCACCGUGUAUCGCGUCGUCGAGCGGGAGCACUUCGUGACGAGCAACGUGCCCCUGCUGGUCGAGGCGAUGCCCGACUUCUUCGUCGAGGUGCCGGAAGGUCUGGCCGCCGAGAAGGGGAUUCCGAACGGCAGCCAGGUGCGGGUCUGGUCGAAACGGGGCGAGGUGCAGGGGACGGCCAUCGUCACCAAGCGCAUCAAGCCGCUGCGCGUCAACGGCAAGGUGGUCUGGACGGUCGGCAUCCCGGUCCAUUGGGGUUUCCGACCUGACAUGGCCGACACCCUCUCCAUCCGCCGCGUGUCCGCGAGCCCGGACGCCUACAUUCCGAUAGACGCGCUCCGCUCCGGCGGGCCGACCUACGCCAAGCUGGUCGACAUCGGGGCCUGCAUCGGCUGCAAGGGCUGCGAGGUCGCCUGCAAGGAGUGGAACGACCUCGGGGUCGAGCCGACGGCCAACUUCGGCAGCUAUCAGAGCCACCGGGACCUGAGCCCGAAGACGUGGCUGCUGAUGCGCUUCAACGAGGUGGAGAUCGACGGCAACCUCAACUGGCUGAUCAAGAAGGACGCCUGCCUGCACUGCGAAGAUCCGGGCUGCCUGUUCGCCUGUCCCGCGCCCGGGGCCAUCGUCCAGUACACGAACGGCAUCGUCGACUUCAACCAGGAGAACUGCAUCGGGUGCCAGUACUGCGUCACCGGCUGCCCGUUCGACAUCCCCCGCUUCGACGUCCACACGCGCAAGGUCUCCAAGUGCAACAUGUGCGUCGACCGGGUCGAGGCGGGCCUGGAGCCGGCUUGCGUGAAGACCUGCCCGACGAACGCGAUCUCCUGGGGCAGCAAGCACGACAUGCUGGCCCUGGCCGACCGGAAGGUGGAGACGCUCAACUCGCGCGGCUACCAGAACGCGGCCGUCUACAACCCGGCCGGCGUCGGCGGCACGCACAUGAUGUACGUCGUCCCGCACGGCGACCGGCUGGAGGACUACAGCCUGCCGACGGAUCCGACCGCCAGUCCGAUGCCGAUGACGGGACUCGGGUUCCUCAAGCGGAUCGGCGCCUACCUGAUGGGCUUCGGCGUGCUCGGCGUGGUGGGGCACUUCCUCCGCUACGGGCCCGAGCGGCUGGAGGAGCACGAGGAACACGAACCGGGCGGGGACGCCGGCGCGCCGGUGGCCUGA